GUGCGGGUCUGCCGGGGCCACGCUUCCGCUGCUCCCCUAUCCACAAAUCACCUAGUCCCUGACUGAGGCAGUCCGCGUUCUGGAGCCGCAAAACUUGGGAGACAGCUGAGGGUCGACUGUGCGCGUGUAAAGGUGUGAAAAUCACAAAUGUCGUCAAGUGAUGGAAGGUCCAGGAUUCGGGACAGGGGCUAUAGUGAAGUUCCAAGGGACACGCCUUGUCCAGAUGGUACCCUAAACACCCUCCAGUCCCUACACAGCAGCGAGCUGGCUGUGAGCGCAGAUCCUCUGCCGCCUCCCCCUCUCCCGUUACAGCCACCGUUCGGCCCGAGCUUCUACUCAAGUGACACAGAGGAGCCAGCCGUAGCACCAGACCUCAAGCCGGUGAGGCGCUUCGUGCCCGACUCCUGGAAGAACUUCUUCAGAGGGAGGAAGAAGGACACGGGGUGGGAUAAGCCGCUGUCUGAUGUCAGAUACAUCUCGGAUGGUGUGGAGUGCUCCCCCCCAGCCUCUCCGGCGAGAUCGAACCACCGCCCACCGGACUCCUUCCAGGACCCUUCCAGAGAGUGGCAGCCGGAGGCAGAUGCCGCGUUUCCCCGGGACCCCUACGCGUCCCUGGAGCGGCACACGCAGACGGCGCGCACCUACAGCGAGCAGGUGGAGGAGCUCCGCCUGCGCUACGCCUACAUGAAGUCGUGGGCAGGCCUGCUGCGGAUCCUGGGGGUGGUGGAGCUGCUCCUGGGCGCCGGCGUCUUCGCGUGUGUCACGGCCUACAUCCACAAGGACAACGAGUGGUACAACAUGUUUGGCUACCCCCAGACCUACGGCGUGGGGGGCCUGGGCAGCCUCGGCAGUGCCUACGGGGGGUAUUACUACAGUGGCCCCAAGACCCCUUUCGUGCUCGUGGUGGCCGGGUUGGCUUGGAUCGCCACUAUCAUCGUCCUGGUGCUUGGCAUGUCCAUGUAUUACCGCACCAUUCUUCUGGACUCUAACUGGUGGCCCCUGACCGAGUUUGGGAUUAACGUCGCCUUGUUUAUCCUGUACAUGGCCGCGGCCAUAGUCUACGUGAACGACACCAACCGAGGCGGACUCUGCUACUAUCCAUUAUUUAACACGCCAAUGAAUGCCUUGUUCUGCCGGGUGGAAGGAGGUCAGAUAGCGGCCAUGAUCUUCCUGUUCGUCACCAUGAUGGUUUAUCUCGUCAGCGCCUUGGUCUGCCUGAAGCUCUGGAGGCACGAGGCAGCCCGGAAACACAGGGAAUACAUGGAGCGGCAGGAGAUGAAUGAACCAUCAUUGUCAUCAAAAAGGAGAAUGUGUGAAGUGGCCACCAGUGACAGACAGAGAGACCAAGAAGUGAAUUUCAAAGAGUUGAGAACCGCAACAAAAGUGACCCCUGAACUCCUGAGUGGAUACAUCCCUCCUGGCCACAUCCCUAAGCCCAUUGUGAUGCCUGACUACGUGGCAAAAUAUCCUGUGAUUCAGACGGAAGACGAUCGGGAACGCUAUAAAGCUGUGUUCCAGGACCAGUUUUCAGAGUACAAAGAGCUGUCUGCGGAAGUGCAGGCCAUCCUGAGGAAGUUCGAUGAGCUGGAUGCAGUGAUGAGCAGGCUGCCGCAUCAUUCUGAAAACCGCCAGGAACACGAGAGAAUUUCAAGAAUUCAUGAAGAAUUUAGGAAAAAAAAGAACGAUCCUUCAUUUCUGGAAAAAAAGGAGCGUUGUGAUUACCUCAAGAACAAACUUUCCCACAUAAAGCAACGAAUUCAAGAAUAUGAUAAAGUAAUGAACUGGGAUACGCAAGGCUAUCCUUAGACCCCUUUUGAGACUGUUUUUAUACCCAGCUAUUUAUUCACAGUAUGUGCUGGUCUCCAGGAAGCGGGUGCUUCCAGGUUAGCUUCUGCUUGGUUUAACCACGUCCAGGGUUCAACUGUGAUCUUACUCAAACAUUCAAAACAAUUUCAAUCCCACGAGGACCUUUACUGAGACAGGAGAGAUCAAAUAUUCGCCUGUGUACAGCUUCAUGCUUUCCACACUGACAAGGACUUGAAGCCAAGAUCAGCUGUCAUACUCAGUGGUCUUGGGGCAAGUAAGUCGAUCAAUCCUCUGUGCCUGUAAAGUGCCUGUAAAUCCUCACUUCUGUAAAGUGGUAUCUACCUCAUAGGGCAGUUAGGAGACGACACGUGCUCGUAUUUCCCAAGCAUCCAGAAUGGAGCCGGCUGCUAUGUAAGCACCACAUUCCUGCCGGGAGUACUGUGGACACGUUGGCGAAAUGGAUGAGCCACUGGGGAUGGAUUCUUAGUGACCAGGCAUCAGCAGCUAGCUAAAGGCCACGUGUCCCUGAAUUUCGCCCUGUGCUUUUCACCGUUACCACCUGUAGCCUUAAGCAGCUGUUUCACUGUUGCGAUGACCUGUUAGAGCCCCUCACGGCCUCCACAUCUGUCACCGUGCAUAUAUCCCCACGUCCCACAGCCUGGCCUGGCCUGUGCGCAUGUCCAUGGAACCCUUCUGUUUACUUGUAUUCCCUCCUGUGACUCAUUAGCACAGUUCAUCUCACUAAACGUCAUCUUGGCUGACAUUUUAUCCAUAGGAAAUGUUUUGCUAUUUUUUUAAUAUGAAAAAAAUGCAUAAGGAAUGUUUUUUUGUUUGUUUGUUUGUUUGUUUGUUUUAAAGAAAUUCUUGGUAGGUUAGGGAUAUGGCUUAUAGUUGAGGACCUGAUCCCUAGCACCAAUUAAAAAAAAAAAGAAAGGAAAAAAAGCAGUGCUUUUUGUUUCAAUCAGCAGAAUCUAUCCAGUAAUUUCCCUAGUGUGGAAUUAUGGUUUCUGCUAAAGUAGCUUCUGUUCAAACAAUUAGUUAGUUAAUGUCCAAAGCAUUCUAGAAAGUGUUAAAACUGAAGUAAUGAACGGAGCAUGCAGAGACCCAGGAAGUUCUAGCUGCCAAUGACCCGGCUUGUCGUUGUCAGUGAAACUGGCACUGCUUUUGCAGUCAAGCUUCUACGGUGAGACCUUGUCUCAGACACAAGACUUAAAAUAAAUUAACUAAAUAUGGUGGCAUUGCACACCAUCCUAACGCCCAGGAGCUGAGGCAGGAGAUCUCCAGUUCAAAGCCAGCCUGGGCUACAGAGCAAGCUCCCCGCUUUUUUAUGUUAAUGUAACAUUGCCAUUUUGUACAUGUCAAAAAUUUAGGUUAGCAUUAAAUGUUAAAGACAUUUAUCUUUGUAAAACUUUAUUUUACUACAAUUACAAAUGUUAAUCUUUUACAACCGAUGCUGUAGCACUGAUUUUUUGGUAACGCUGUAUCAAUGCAUAGGUGUAUUAAAAUGUCAAUGACCUGG